UUUUUGUAUUUCAGUUAUUAAGAUAUUGCACUGUGUUGUACUCAGAUAAUACUCUAUAAUUUACUGGUACUCCUAUGAUAAACAACUGACUGCAACAAUAAUGUCAAGAGGACAUCCUAAUUUAUCUCUCUUUGUUAGGAAUGUUGGUGAAAGUGUUCGACCAGAAGAUCUCCGCCGCGAGUUUUCCAGAUUUGGUCCAAUAAGCGAUGUUUAUGUCCCUCUUGAUUAUUACACUCGCGAACCCCGUGGUUUUGCUUAUAUACAAUUUGAGGAUGUUCGAGAUGCAGAAGAUGCUCUUUAUGGAAUGGAUCGCAAGUGGGUGGGUGGUCGAAGCAUUGAGGUACAAUUUGCUGCGGGGGACCGGAAAACACCAGUGCAAAUGAGAGGGAAAGGAAGGAGAUCGCCACCAAGGCACAGUCGACGGCGUUCAUACAGUCGCAGCCCAAGGAGAGGACGAAGAAGUCACAGCCGUUCAAGAAGUAGAUCAUAUGAACGUCGUCGUUCACCACCACAGAGAAGAAAUCAUGGGCGUUCAAGAUCACGCAGUCGUUCACACGAAAGACCACCGCGAAGAAGUGAUUCAUUUGAGCGCAAUGAUAGAAGAAAUUCUCGUUCAUCACCUGUUCGACGACGAUCUCGAAGUAGAUCAGAGGAGAGACGCAGUAGAUCACCUUCUAUAACUCCUGAAAGAGGUGCAGAAUCCCCGAAGAGAAGUGCAUCUCCCAGAAGAGAUCGUUCAAGAUCAUACUCCGGUUCUAUGAACGGAUCAGACCGCAGUUGAGAAUUGCAAGUUUGCAACACUACUGUUAUUAACAAGUAUUGUGUAAACUCUGGAAGAUAUCAAUGUACAUAUACUGUAUAAAACUGUACUGCAAGACUUUUCCAGUUCUUUUUAUUUUCAUUUUUGAUUUUACUGCUGGAAGUAAACUUGGUGUUGUAACUCUCUUAUGAUUAUAGGCGGAAUCUAGCCAAAUUUUAGCCAUUG